AUGACGUCACUGGUAGUUCAGUGACGCGCAGUUGCUAUGGCGCGUUCGAAACCGGGAGUUUUCUUGCCCGUACUGGUUUCUAACCGAAUUUUUUCAGAGCAUUUUAUUUGUUACGGAGGGGAAUUGAGGGUGAUCAUCUGGAGAGUUUCCCAGGUACUCCCGUGAUGUCCUCGCUGAAGAAUGAAGACCUGCUGAGUGAUGUGGAACCUUUGCCUGGCUCUGCACCUGCCUCGCCCCCUCACUCUGCCAGUGCUUCUCUCUUUACCCCAUCCCAGUCAAACUGGCCCCUCCCCUCCUCUUCCCACUGCCCUACCUCCCUGGCCCAUUCUUGGCCGUCCUCGCCACUCCCUGCCCUGGCCUCUUCCAGCCAGGUCACUGCCAGGCUCUAUGCCUCCCUGCACAAGAGCAGAGAGCUGGAGGUCAAAGGUUUAUCAGAGUCUGGCUCCUUAUUUGAGAACUUUGAUCGACCCAGGCAGGUCACUUUCAACCUCUUGUCUCCUGACUUGCGCAUUGAUGAGAGAGUGACGCCUCUUCACCUGCCUCCGCCACUGCCUUUGUCCUUCUCCAAGCAGCUGGAAGAGUGCAAGGAGGCUGCCUCCAGCUCACCAGCCUCCCCCCCUGCCUGCCUGUCCCCCAGCCCGGGUAACCCAGCUUUGGGUAGGCCCAUGGAGGGUGAGGAGGGAGGUCGGGGCCUGGAGCUGGGGCAGCUGGCGGAAGAGAUGAGUUUCAACCUGCAGACCAGGGUUGACAGCACCUGUGCCACAGUGCCGAAUGGCAGAAGGCACAUCCUGGAUAUGGAGAAUGUGCGCAGUCACUUACAGACCAUGCUGAGAGCCACUAAAGACCCCACCGAGCCUGAGUUGGGGACCAGUGUAUUGAGCAGUUAUACCUUGCCUGAGAGACUACGUCAGGACAAUGAGUCAUUUGAGAGUGACAGCACUGCACACUUGAUCAGUGCCCCCAUCCUGGCUGACGUGUCUCCGCCCUCGUCGCUGAGCGGCCUGGAGGAGCUCUUCCCCCGCUACUCCCGCCUGCGGCCCGACAGCGCUCCCCUCUCCGCGGAAACGCAGGUCCUGCGGGACAGCCUGGAGAGGGAGCGGGCACGGCGCAAGCACCAUGAGAGACAGAUCCAGGUUCUGCAGAACAAGGCUCUGCAGCUGCAGCAGCAAUUGGCCCUCGCCGUGUCAGCUGACAGGAAGAAGGACAUCAUGAUCGAGCAGCUGGACAAGACUCUGGCCAAGGUGGUGGAGGGCUGGCGACGGCAGGAGGAGGAGAAGAGCGCGGGCGUGCGGCGGCUGCAGGAGCAGAAGGAGGCGGCGGAGCGGGCCCAGGCCAAGCAGCAGGAGGUGCUGGUGCGGUUCGAGCAGUCCCUCUCCCAGGCGGCCGAGACUUUGGACAGAGAGCAGAAACGCGCGGAGGAGCUGCGCAUGGCUAAAAGACAGCUGGAGCAGCAGCUGGCUGAGCUGAGAGAGCAGCAGCAGGAGCAGACACGGCAGAGGGAGGAGGCGCAGGGUGAGGUGGAGCAGCUCCAGCUCCAGGCCCAGGAGGCCCAGGCCAGCCUGGCCCAGCACAGAGAGGCCUGGGCCAGCAGGGAGCAGGAGCUGCAGGAGCGUGUGGCACUGCAGGGGACUCAGCUGGACCGUGAGAAGAGUAACCGCGAGCGGGAGGCCCAGCAGCUGCAGGACGCCCAGCAGGAGCUACAGGAGGUGCAGGGGAGGCUGCAGCAGCUGGAGAGGGAGCUGGAGGAGGUCCGGAGGGAGAGGGACGGGGUGCGCAUGGACAGGGCCCUGGAUCAGGCUCGUUUUGAGUCCCAGUGCUCUCAGUUGGAGGUGGAGUACAAGCUGUCCGUGGAGCAGCAGGUGACUGAGAGACUGGCUGCUCUUCAGGAGGCCAACGCUAAGACCAGCGCUUCGCUAAGAGAACAGCACAGGAAGCAGCUGUUGGAUCUGAGCGCCCGUCACGAAAGAGAGCUGUCUGCGCAGCUGGCGCAGUUCAAGACCGAGCUGCAGGAGCGCGAGGAACGACUGCGCGAACUCACGGAGGAAUACGAGAGAAAGGUGUCCGUGAAGCAGGAGGAGGUGGUGCUCCUGGAGGCCAGCCGAAGGAAGCUGGAGGCCCAGAGGACGGAGCUGGUGACCCGGCUGCAGCAGCUGAUGCGCUCCCAUUGGGCCGAGGCCCUGAGGCUGCUUGCCCUGCAGGGCCAGAUGGACGAAGCCGCCUCCCCGUCCUCCCUGUGCGAGAGGGCCUCCGAUGGGGACAGCGGAGGCCGAGGCUGGGAGCUCCCGCUGAGGCUGAACGGGCGCUCGGCUGAGGCCAGCCCAGAAUCCAGGCCCGCGUCAGACGUCCCCCAAGCGUUUGGUCUCCAGCUGUCCCGGGAAAGGGGGGAGGCGGGGGGGGACCCCUCGUCCCAGGACAGCAGCCCCCGCGGCCCCCUCGCCCAACUCCGAGCCCCCGAGCAUGACGUCAGCAUCCUGCUGAAUCACAGCCACACCUUCAGACCCCUGGAGCCUCUGCUGGAUGAUACAGUUCUGGGCAGCUGUGAGAUGGAGGAACUGUCUGCUAAGGCCCUAACCGGAGGAGAGGAGAGGGGGUACGCCGUAGAAAGAGGGCUGCAGCUGAAGCAGCACGACAGGGAGAGAGGCUACAGCUCAGACAGAGAGCGAGCAGAGAGGGGACACAGCUCUGAGAGAGAGGAGAACUGUGGGUACGGAGUCCACAGAGGCGGCAUGGGGCAAAGCGGAUACUCUUCUUCCACAGAGAGAGAGGGGCCCAGCGGGUACGGCACAGGGGGGGACAGGGGCCACAGGGCGGGGGUCAGUGGGCACGGCACUGCCAGGGAGAAAGACGGGAGGUACGGCACAGACGGCGGCGUCUCUGUGUCUCUGACCAGGAGUGCCGGGCAGAGGGCGGACCAGGCGGGUAUGGGCAGAGAGAGAGGGUUUCCUGUUGGGCGUGACGAGUACAGGUUUGGGAGGGAGAGAAUGGGUUCAAGCGGCCACUCGUGGGGGGUGCAAGAGAGGGGGGCUGGUGGGCCAAUGACAGCUCAGAGCUUCAAUGUGUCGGCCACGGAGUCGAUUAGAGACACCAGCUACAGCAGCACUGUAGUGAGCCAGGCUACGGCAGGCUUCAGCAGGGGGUUUGAAGGGAGUGGGGUAGGAAAGCGCAUUACCGCCCCACAGGGCCUGGGGAGGCCUGGAGAUGUCCAGGGCGACUUAGGGACCACACGUAGGCCCCUGGGGCCCACCACUCAAGCAGAGAGCCCUGGCAUCCAGGAGGUGGACAGACAGAGCGAACUGCAGUACUACAUCACAAAGUUGCUGGACCGCUCCCCUGGGGAUCCUGUGGAGGCCUCAGCCCUGGAAGACGAGCAGCCUCCGGCAGGUCAGAGCUCCUCCUCAGGUGCAAAGACAGUUCUCAGUUCAUCUUGGGACAGUGAGCAGACCAAAGCCCCGGCAGGGAAGUUGGCCUCUUCCCUCCUCCCAACGUCCUCAGCAGCCACCAAGACCAAACUCCAUCCAGCAGCCCUCUCUCCCCAAAUGCUGGGCCAGCUCUCGUACCUCCUGUCCCAGUACCAUUCCCAACCUGACAGGGCGGCGCCGUCCCUGGACGAGCUCCUUGCCUGCGUGCUCUCCGGCCAAGCGAACAGGUCACUUCAAGGGGCAGAAGAUGGCCAUGGAGAUGGACCUGUCCACAGAAACCUGGAGCAGAAGCUGAGCCAGGCCAGCAAGAAAGAGCAGACGGCCAUGCCGGCUCCGGACCGUCGCAGUCUGCCUUCCAAGCCUGCGGGAGGCGACAGGACUCAGACCCAGGCUCUGAGGGUCAAGAGGGCGGGUCCCCAGGCCCAGCGGGGGGGCCCUGGUCGGGCGAAUGUGUGGAGAUGAUGAGGGCAGCAAGGCACCCUCUCUCAGGAGAGAGCGCUUUUUAUCAUCUGGAAAGUGUACCUGCCUAUCGCCGUCCUCCAGCUCUGCUCGCUGCCUGCUAGCCUGUAGCUUUUACUGAUCGAUGCAGCUCUUCUCCACAGUUCUGCUCCACAGUGUCAUGACCAAAUGAACGUAUCUCUCUACUGUGUGGAAAUUUGUCUCUAUGAACAAUGUCUCUACAGGGUCACUAAAAAUAAUGACAAAUUACACGACAGAUUAAAUUACAGUAUGUAAUUCUAUCCACAAAAUAAGAUUUUGGACCAAAUCCAGUGUGUGACUGACCCUCAGUUGAGACUUUUUUAUGAACCUACGGUUUUUUACUACAGUUUGUGUGGAAAUGAAGUCAUUUCUUUUAUUUAUUUAUGUAGUAUUUGUAUAACACAGUUGUCUGAUCUGUUUAUUAAAGACAUCUAAUUUUGCUAGA